AUGGAUGUAAUCAAAGUUUGGGAUAGUUUGUCAAGAUGGAUAGAAAAAAAUUUAAAUAGAGACAAUGGUAUUCUAAUGAAAGGAAUCGGAUACUUAACUAUAGCUCAAUGGGAGAUAAAUAUUGGUAAAGGAUAUCCAUUUACCAUUAGAAAGCCUGUAUUUGUUGUUGAUGAAAAAUUAACGAAAGAUUAUUGUUUAAAACGGAAACGACCUUACAAUUCGGGGAAGAUUCAUCAACAUAAAUUAAAUCUAUUAUCAGUUUCUAAAGAUUAUGGAUUAGAUGUUAAUAUGGUCACUCAUUGUUAUAAAGAAGUGAUAACAGCGUUUAGAAAGUUAUUGUAUGAAGAGAAAAACUGUGAACUUCCUUUUCCUAGAAUUGGGAAGUUACAAGUAAAAAACAAAAAGAUCACUAUGAAGUUUUAUCUAGAAUUUUUGGAAAAACAAAAUGAAAAUUUAAUUAAUAGCACAGAAGCAAAAAAAAAAAAGUAUUAUGAAACCUGUUAUCAUCCUCGUCGGGACCAAAAACGAUAUAAACUAAAUAAUAGUGAAAGACCUUAUACAGGAAAUUCCAUUAUUUCAAGGCCAGCUUCGUCGUUAUCACAGUAUAAACCGGGAUCUGGCUAUGAACGUGUACUACCAAUACUUAAUGCAAAUUCAAUCAGACCUAGCUCAAGACAAUCAGUAGAGUCGUUUGGAAGAAUCAGCAGACCUUCCUCUCGGCUUUCAAUAUAUUCUCGCGAGUCGAAUAGAUCUCUAUCAAGAUUAACUACUUACGAAGGAGAACAAAAAAAGCCUUUAUCUAGAUCAUCUAUUCGAUCCAACCAAACGAAUAUGAAACAUAGACCCUCGUCUCAAAAUUCUAAUAAUUCGUAUAGAUUAUUAAGACAGGAAACUUGUAGACCUUCUAUUGAUUUGGAUAAGCAGUCUAUUAAUAAAAAGCCUAGUAUUGAUGUAUCAUCAGAGAAAUCUACUCUACCCAAUUGUUCAAAUGAUAUGGACAAAAAAGAUUUACCUAAUCAAAAAUAUUUAGAAAAUAUUGACGACAACUACCUAAACUUUACAGAGAGAGUAGCUGAAACAGAUAUGUGUUAUUUAUGUUGUAUAAGAAAACAAAGACUAGACAACAUAAAUCCUAUUACAACAGAGUUUGAAAAACGACAUAAUUUUAUGCAAGGAGAACAACCGUUUGGCAAAACUACUAAUUAUGAAAUCGAAAAUAAACGAACUCAAAUAAAAGAAACGGCAAAAUAUAAUUACUUAACUGCAAAAAAGUUAGCUGAGGCAAUAAAAAUCGAAAAUGAAAAAUGUACAGAUACUAACGGAGCUUACGUGUUAUAUAAAAGGCCUGAAAGUGUAAAUACUAGUACAAGUAAUAAAAAUUUAUUAAAACAAUCUUUGCUUGAUCAAAUAGAACAAAAAAAAAAAUUCAGAGAAGCUAAAUUAAAAAAAAGUCUAGAAAAAGAAAAACAGUUACAAAAGGAACUUUUGAAAAGUUUGCACGAAGAAAGAAAACGAAAUAUAGAAGCAAAAAUAGCAUCAAAGGCUCAUUUCCAAAAAAUUUUAAAUGAUCAUUUAAAAGAAAAACAGUGUUUAACUGUUAAUAACGUAAAAAUUCAUAACAAAACACCGUUGUCGGAUUCUAUUAUAGGGACAAACAAAAUUCGACCUUGGAGCACUUCAAAAUUAAAAAAAAUCAGAAAUCUCGAAAUAGCGAAUUAUCAAUUGACUCAACGUGAUGAACGUUAUCAAAAAGAACAUGAUCUAAAACAGAAUGAUGUAAAUAAUGAAAUUUGCUGGCUAAAUCAACUUAAAUACGAAGAUGAAAAACUUCAAGCAGAAAUGUUACGUAAAAAGUUAAAUAAAAAAAAUAUGUUUUUUGAAGAUUUAAACAAGUGGUUAAAAGAAAAUAAAGCUAAGCGAGAUAAAAACAAAAUCCCAGGAGCUUAUCCUAUGACAUUCCCUUUAAUCAGAACAUUAAAACGUUGUCGUCAGUGUAAAAAGAAGUUGGGAUAUCUAGCCGAAAAAAUCAGCGACUUAUCUUGAUCAAUGCUAUUAAAUAUUGUGACUGGACAUUAAAUUUUUUUUCUCUUAAUAAUAUAACAUUGUUUUCAUACUUUUUUCU